AUGCUUCACCAAAUUGGAAUCACGACUAUCCUGUUCACCGUCGCUUCUGCGAGUCCCUCGCUUCUCUCUCGGGCGUCCUCUCCCGCACCCAUUAGUGUCGGCAUCCCCGCCUCUCCGCCAGCCAAUGUCUCCCAACUUCUCGACCCUUACCUCAUCUCAUUCUCGAUAGAGCCUGCCUUCCUGAACGAGUUCCUCGGAAACAAGACGACACCCAACAAGCUUGGUUUGAGCUUGUUCAACACCCUUGCGUCGAAGACUGGUGGAAUUGGUGUUAGGCCCGGAGGAAACACAGUCGACUCCUCCAUCUACGAUCCAACUCUUGUCGGUGAUCAGCAGUUGGUUCUGAGUCCCUCUGCCGCUGUCUGGCAAACAAGAUACGGGCCGUCUUACUUCGACUCCCUCAACUUGUUGCCUGAUUCGACCAAAAUUACCAUGGAUAUCAACCUGCGCAAUGCGUCGUAUGAGUUGUCGAAGGCUCAGGUCGCUGCCGCACAACAAAUCCUUGGGAGCAAAUUGGACGCAGUAGAAAUUGGAAACGAACCCGACUUCUACGGUCGCCAGACCUACAGGAAUGCAUCUACAUGGAGCCCGGAAGCGUACGCUGCACAGUUCGUCGAAUGGUCUCACAAUUUGACCUCCGACUUGAACCUCCCCAAAAACUUUUUCUGGCCCGGUGGCUACGCGACUCAUCCUGAUACCACAAACUUCACCACCGCGAACACUAUCGCCCUCGGCAUCAACAACGCAUCUACCGUCAAAAUCUACAGUGAUCAUUGGUACCCAUAUGACAGCUGCUCGCCAGAGCACGUUGCCCAGGCUUCCUACGACCACCUCGUCAAUCAUACGCAGAUUACUGAUUUCAUUAAUAGCUACAAGGGCGAGAUUGCCGCAUCGAAGGCCGUUGGCAUGGAUUUCCUAGUUGGCGAGUCUAGCUCUAUCGCUUGUUCUGGACUCCAGAAUGUUUCCAACACUUACGGUCAAGCGCUUUGGAUGGCUGAUACCUACCUCUAUGCUGCGUCCAUCAACGUUACCAGAAUUUAUACCCAUCAAGGUGCUACUUUGAUCUCGCAAUCUAGCAACCAAAUCAACACUCCCGGAUACAGUUGGUACGACUUCUUCUACCCGUCCACCACUGCUCGCAACGGCCCAUCUCAAGCCAACCCUUCGUUCCACGGUCUCCUGCUCGUCGCUGACGCUAUGGGCAAUGCGAAGACUUCCCGCCUUGUAUCCUUCCCCGUAGCAUCCCAACCGACUCUGGCCAUAUACGCCAUCUGGGAUUCCUCUGCUCGCACUGGCGCUCCCGCCCGCGCAGUCAUCCUCAACCUCGGUGCCAAGAACGACCUAAGUGUUGAUCUUUCGUCCCUCUCUCCAACCGGUGUCAAGCGCCUCCACGCUCCUACCCGUAACGCCACCGAUUCCAAGACCGUCACCUACGCAGGCCAGAGCUGGGCCGAUGGUACUGGAUCAGGAACCCUUACCAUCGAGAAGCCCCUCGCCGAUGGAAGUGUUGCCGUUGGAGCCUAUGAGGCUGUUCUCGUUUACCUCGCGGGUGUCAACGGGACUGUUGCCGGAACUCCUGUUGGAACUGCUUCAGGCUCAUCGCCAACCAAAGCUAGCAGUGCUGGAAGGACCGCUACAUUCGCUGCUGGAGGUGCUUGGGUUGCGUUCGUUGGCGCUGCAUUGUCUCUUUUGUAA